AUGACAAGAAUUACGGUGGCGCUUGCACUUUCUCUUGCGGCAUCUUGUGCUACGGCCCAGAACGGCCCGGUCCAAAGCACGCAUCGAAAGUACACGCUUGACGAUAUUAUCCCUACUACCGACCCAACCUCUGGCCACGUAAAAUGUUGUCCACAGGGAAUGGAGUUUGAUGGACAGGUCUGUGUUCUUGGGACCUCGAUCUGCCCCAGUGGCAGUUCUCCCGAUGGCGAGACAUGUGUCUUCAAGACAAAGCCAUUCUGCGAUGAUGGAUACGAGUUCAGAGAUGGUCUCUGCAUCACUGUGAAGCCUCCUACUUGUAGUAGCGAUACGAUCUUGAAGGGCAACCACUGUGCGAUUGAAGGUCAAGCAGUAUGUGGCCCUGGAAAUCUACUUCAAGGAAACGUUUGUGUCUCAUUGCAGCCACCUGUGUGUCCCGACGGCGAGCGCUUCACUGGUACCAGCUGUGCCUCCAUCAAAAGUCCAAAAUGCCAGGAUGGGGCCAAACUCGACGGCGGUGUUUGUAUCGAUAUCCAACCCCCGACUUGCCCAAAGGGAACUUCUUUCGAUGCCGCUUCCUCGCGCUGCAUAUCUGUGUCCUUGCCACGCUGUCCCCAGAAUACUGUCUCUCAGAAAGAUCAGUGUGUCGCUAUUUCCAAGCCUGCCUGUGGAGAUGGCGCUUCCUUCAAUUCCAAGACCCAAUCCUGCACCAUCACUGAACCGCCAGGGUGCCCUGCCGGAACGGAACUGGAAGACAAAAACUGCGUUUACAUCGGCUCGCUCAUCUGCCCAUCUGGCACAACUCAUUCCAUCGACCGGGCCCAUGGCACCGCCCGCUGCUGCCCGCUUGGCAUGGCCUGGGAUGGGAAUGUGUGUUUUACGAAGCCGGUCGGAGGUAAAUGCGCCGACGGGAGUGUAGCGAUCCACGCUCGCUGCGAGAAGCACUCCAAUCCUCCACCAGAGUGCCCGCAGGGAUAUAAACUAGACAACUCUCGUUGCGUUUGGCAAGCGCCACCCACGUGCCCUCAAAAAUCUCGCUUUAGCGGUGGUCACUGCAUUAUUAUCGCGAAGCCCCAGUGCCCUCAGGGCCUGGUAUUGAUUGGCUCCGAUUGUAUAGUCCGAGGACCCCCGUCUUGCCCUGAGCAGACAAAACUCGAAGGAGACAAAUGCAUUAGCAUUGUCGCACCAUUUUGUGAUAAGUCUGCAAAGUGGGACGGUAGUCGUUGUGUCGUCAAUGGCGUCGCAUCCUGUGAGGACGGCAUUCACAAGGGUGAUGACUGCAUUACUGGAACGCCUCCAACUUGCCCGGACGGUUCAGCCUUUGAUGGUGCGCGAUGUGUCUCGAAAUCUACUCCUCAGUGCCGCCGGGAUACUAUCCUCAGUGAUGAUGGAUCGUGCCUUACCCUCAUGCCUCCUCAAUGCCCCGUGAACACGCACUUCCAGAAUGGCUACUGCGUUUAUGGUCUGCCGAUCUGCCCAGCCGGCCAGAAAUAUGCCAAUAGACGCUGCGAGACUGCGAAUUCCCCACAGUGCCCGCAGAAUUUUGUCUGGAAAGGUGGGAAGUGUACCCGUAUUACUGAAAAGCACUGUGAAGCUGGAUUCACCCUUGAGAACGGGCAAUGUGUAUCCCUUGCAACUCCCGACUGUGGUGAAUUGAUCUUCAAUGGAAAAGCAUGUAUCAAUGGCAAGCCAAUCUGCCCUGAGGGUUCCUAUCUGGAUGGAGAGCGCUGCUCUUCUGUUCACGAGCCACAAUGUCCUGAGAAUUUUAAGUUCGAUGGGAAAAAGUGCAGUGCCGUCCAAACUCCCAAGUGUCCACCCGAAGCUGUUUUCGAUAAGACCAGUGGGGACUGUGUCUCGACUAAGAAGCCCAUAUGUCCCUCAAAUCAGCGCUUCAACGGGGAGCACUGUGCCAUAGCUACCGGUGAGUGUAUGGAGUUCGAGUACUGUCCUACUGAAUCAUACGGGAAGGGAUGCCGCCGUACUCCACUCGGAGUGGUAUGCGAUGGAAAUCCACCUCAGAGACAGCAGGGCCAAGUUAUUCAGGGAACUCCAGAUCAGGGUAAUCUCCAAGGUCAAAGCAACAAUCCGGGAGUGAGCCAGCAGCCAGUUAUUGGCUCCAACACAGGCUCGGAGCACCCCCAGGAUCAAAUCAGCAAUAAUGGUAACCAGGACCAGUGGGCUAGGCAGCCGAACAUUGUGCCCAACUACGGUGGUAACUGGAACGAACGUCCGCCAGCAGGAGGUUAUCAGCAACAAACUGGUGGUAACUGGAAUGAGCGUCCGCCAGCAGGAGGUUAUCAGCAACAAACCGGUGGUAACUGGAAUGAGCGUCCACCAGCAGGAGGUUAUCAGCAACAAACUGGUGGUAACUGGAACGAGCGUCCGCCAGCAGGAGGUUAUCAGCAAAAACCCGGUGGUAACUGGAAUGAGCGUCCGCCAGCAGGAGGUUAUCCGCAACAAACCGGUGGUAAUUGGAAUGAGCGGCCAGUUGCUGUGUGA